CUAAAGAAAAGUUGAAGUUGGAUGGAAGCAGGAGGCAGCAGCAGCAGUGGCGAAGAAGAUGGUGAUGCGGCAUGGAGGGCGGCCAUCAAUUCCAUUGCCGGAACCACCACUUACCCCAAUCCCAAUGCCGCCCAAGAACGCAAGCCCAAACCCCCACACCUUAAGCACUACCAACUCCAGGCACAAAAGCUUCUACAUGACAUGUUGGAAGAGACUAUAGAGAUAGUGAAGGAACCUGACCCUGUUCUGAAUGAUGAAGAUCCCAAGAUCAACCAAGAAGAAGAAGGAAGAGAACCUGGCAUUCGCUUGUUCAAGCAUGUUCGCCAACCAGGAAUAGUGUUUGAUCAUUUUGAUGAACCCGAACCACCAAAGAAACGACCGAGAUUACUUCCUGGAGAUGAUAUUGAUGAGAAAUCAAAGAAGUUUAAAAGGCGGGUUAAAUCUGUUGCUGUCGAAGGGAAAGAUUUAAUUGCCGCAGCAAAUGACGCCAACAAUAAAUCGUUGGCUAAAUUUGAAGCCAAAGUCGCAGCAGCAAACGCUAAAGCCAAGAGAGAGGAGGAAAGAGUUAACAAUUUGAAAAAGAUUAGGGGAGAGAGGUGGCUGCCUUCCAUGGCGAAUGAACUGCAUCGGUAAUGUAUCAUCGUUGAAAUGGUCUUCAGAAAAGAUCAUGUUACUUAACUUGGUGUCUCGUAGCUUCAUGUGAAGUUGAUAACUGAGAACCAUUAAAUAAUUUGACUAAUUUGACUAAAUUGUCAUUUACUAGCUCGUAGUUAUCAACCACUGCAGCUGAAUUUUCAACUUUACAAUUUAGAAUGAUAGUUCCCUACACAUUACCAAUUGAAUGAAUGUAUAGUGUAACAGUUACCAUGUAUGAGGGCCAAGAUCCUAGUUUUGCGCAUGGACAAUUAAUAUAUCACGUCAGCACUCAAUGGAACAAAAUUGUCA